UCCAUUCGCACCUUAAGCAGCGGGCCCCGCGCGCCGGCUGCGGUUGGGUGCUCGCUCUGCUCCCUCGGGGCCCGCUCCCUCGGAGCUUCCGCGCACCUCUCGCUGCCCCUGCGCGCGGCUCUCCGUCAUGGCGGCUCUCAGCAAGUCCAUCCCUCAUAACUGCUACGAGAUCGGCCACACUUGGCACCCUUCCUGCGGGGUCUCCUUCGUGCAGAUCACCAGGGGCGCCCUGGAGGAGUCCCUGAAGAUUUACGCUCCCCUGUACUUGAUUGCAGCAAUUCUCCGGAAACGAAAAUUAGACUAUUAUUUACACAAACUACUCCCUGAGAUCCUACAAUCUGCUUCAUUUCUGACUGCUAAUGGGGCCUUGUAUAUGGCUUUCUUUUGCAUUUUAAGGAAGAUACUUGGAAAAUUCUACUCUUGGAGUCCUGGCUUUGGUGCCGCUUUACCAGCAUCUUAUGUGGCCAUUCUGAUUGAAAGAAAAAGCAGGAGAGGGCUGCUCACAAUUUAUAUGGCCAAUUUGGCCACAGAAACACUAUUUAGAAUGGCAGUAGCAAGAGGAACCAUCACAACAUUAAGAAAUGGAGAAGUCCUUUUGUUCUGCAUCACAGCUGCCAUGUACAUGUUCUUUUUCAGGUGCAAAGAUGGGUUGAAAGGAUUUACAUUCUCCGCUCUUAGGUUUAUUGUAGGGAAGGAAGAAAUUCCCACACAUUCAUAUUCACCAGAAGCAGCAUAUGCAAAAGUGGAACAAAAGACAGAGAAACAUGAAGAAAAGCCAAGGAGAAUGAAUAUAAUUGCUCUAAUCAGGAAACUUGUGGAUUCAGUAUGUAGGCAUGGACCAAGGCAUAGAUGUUGCAAACACUAUGAAGAUAAUUGCAUCUCUUAUUGCAUUAAAGGUUUCAUCAGAAUGUUUAGCGUGGGCUACUUGAUCCAGUGCUGCCUCCGAAUUCCCUCUGCUUUCAGGCAUCUUUUUACACAGCCAUCCCGGCUAUUUUCUCUCUUCUACAAUAAAGAAAACUUCCAGCUCGGAGCUUUUCUAGGCUCUUUUGUUAGUAUAUACAAGGGUACUAGUUGCUUCCUGCGCUGGGUCAGAAACCUGGAUGAUGAACUGCAUGCUGUUGUAGCUGGAUUUUUGGCAGGAGUAUCAAUGAUGUUUUAUAAAAGUACGACAAUUUCCAUGUAUUUAGCUUCCAAAUUGGUGGAGACAAUGUAUUUCAAAGGCAUCGAAGCAGGAAAGGUUCCCUAUUUUCCCCAUGCAGAUACUAUCAUCUAUUCCAUCUCUACAGCAAUUUGCUUCCAGGCAGCUGUCAUGGAAGUUCAGACCUUGCGGCCGUCUUACUGGAAGUUCCUUUUAAGGCUCACCAAGGGCAAAUUUGCUGUCAUGAACCGAAAAGUCCUUGAUGUUUUUGGUACUGGUGCAUCUAAACACUUUCAGGAUUUUAUCCCUAGGUUGGAUCCGAGAUAUACGACUGUAACACCAGAGUUGCCCAUCGAGUUUUCUUGAAGAUGACUGUAAUUUAUUAAUGUGACCUAAUGUUUCAUUAUUUUCUUCUGAAGAGUCAAUUAUGUUGAAUCGCAAAGAAGGAGUCUUGAGCUUGAACUUCAGUGUUAUUUCAAUGAGAGAUGCUCUUUGUUUGUUUUUCUUACCAAUCAGAAGUACAGAAGCUUUUUAGGAAGGUGUUGCUUAAUAAUUAAGCACCCUUCCGUAGCCGGAAUCUGAUUCUGGGACACUGUAGUGGUUGACAUGAUGCUAUAUUAUUGAUUAAGUUAUGUUCAUAAGCAAUCUUAAAUAAUCUAUGUAGAAAUGUAGUAACAAGAAUAUACUUAAAAUUACUUUAAAAGAUGUUUUUAGUUCAUUCCAAUAUAAUUCUUGGUUAAAACUAAGAAUAUUUCUACAUUUUAGGAUACAAAGGAUCACGGGUACAUGGAUUUGGUCUGUAUUUUCUUUUUAGCUUUUGAAUUGGUAACUAUAGUAGUAAAAUGUAUGGAUAUGAAGUAACUCUUCACAGACAAUGCUGCUUUAGUAUAAAGCAAUUUAAUUGAAGAAGGUGGCCGUUCUUACUUCAGGGAUGCAAAGACGGGUCUUAUGCUGUUUGAAUAAAUGCGGUGGUAUCCCUGUCUUCUUCCGCUGAUGAUAGCUUCAUCUCUCUCCGGGAUGAGCUGGGCUGUCUGGCAGCCCAGUGAACCUAUGUACUAAUGGCAGGUUAGAAGUAAAUGGAAAUGGACAUACCUGAUGCCGUUGAAGUGUGUGUUUUAAUCUUUUGCAGAAGCAUUUCACUUGAAUAUUUAAAAGCUAAUGAGGUUGUUUCUAAACCUCUUGUGGGUUUAUGAUGUUUGUUUUCAUUUAUUAGGGCUGAAUUCUUCAUGGCUAAGGUUGUCUGCCAUUGUAGAUUUAGAAGGGAUCCAAAGUGGUUUUGGCAAGUUUGUCAUUUUGUUCCCUUUCGACUCUUCUACCUACACAAUGGAUAUUUUACAACUACAUACAAUAUAAAAAUCCGGUAGUUGUUAAAAAAGGCCAUUUCAUCACUAACGGGAUUCAGGUUCUUGAGCCUCUUUUCAAAAACUUAUUGUCACCAUUUUUAUUCCUGUUAGAAUAAAAGAAGUGACAAAAUGGAGUCACUGUUGAUUAUAAGUUCAGGACAGCUGUGAUUGAAAUAUGAUUACUCUUUAGAGUAUUUCAGGGAAAAGUUUUACUUUUCUAAGUUGAUGAAAGGCUUAAUUGGUUAUGAUGUCUAUAGUUAAUAUAACAAAUAGGGAUGAUGGUAUAUUUUUUUAAUAUCAUUUUGUUGCUAUAAAGUUUUAGGCCAUUGUAAAUUAAUUAUAUAGUAGAACUUGUGUCGCAACAAGGAUUAUAACCCAGACUUUAAAAGUGCUUGAUCCUCCAUAUUCAAUUUCAUCAAGCCUCACAUAUUUCUGUUUACAUGUAAUCCUAUCCUUGGUGGUUAAUGGUGAAUUGAAACCCAACGAAAAGACAGACUCUGGUACCAUGGUAACAGAGAGAGCCACUUUAAUUAGAUCAAAAUUCUGCAUUGUGAUUAACUUCUUGGAAUUGACUUCUCUAUUAGAUAAUACUGUUAAGGCAUCGUUUUGGUUUUAGACUUCAAAAUUCAUUAAUAAAUUAAGUUUUAAGUUUUUAUUCACUGGAAUCAAAAUGACAAUUGGUACUGUGUUUACUUUUAAAAAUGAAGUAUUAUAGCAGUGUAGAAAGCACUGCUUCCUGCCCCUCAUUUUCUUUAUUUAGAAAUUAUGUUUAUAAUUUUUUCCUGCCUGCUUUAAAGAAAAGCAUUUUAAUUUGUAAGUUACUGAUUUUAUUAAUAUUAAAAAGGCUAUGAUGUUAAAAGACAAAUCUACUGAAAUUCGAUGAGAUUGUUUAGUAAAAUUUUACUGUCAAAAGGCACAUUUCUAUGAUUUACUUUUUUCUCAAACUAGUCAUGUUUUAAUAUAAAAUGUAAAAUGAAAUAACCAUCAUGAAGCAUCAUGAAUACAGUAAUGAACGUAUAGCUUGGGCAGAUAGUUACCUAAUUUGCCGUGGUGAAAAGAGAAGUCUGAUUUGAUUUCACUGAGGCAGCCUGCAAAGUGUAGCUAUUUGAGAAAACAAGAGACUGUUCGUGUUCCUGAAGACAAUCAAAAUGGGUAUCUUUCUACCUCUAACCAAUCAGGUAUCGGCUGACAGCUUGGCACCAUAAAUAAAGCCAAAUAGAUGUCCUUUCCAAAAUGUGUUUUUUAGUCCAUUUAUACACUGAAGACAUCCUGCUAAUGGUAAAUUUCCAUCAGAACUGACUGCAGGAAACCUGGAUAUGCCCCCUUAGCUUUUCCCACAUCUUUUUGGAGUCUGGAAGACAGUGCGUUGGUCUGGGCAUCUUAUUAUGGUGGUUUCAUUGCUAUUUCCUGCGUGAAUAAAAUCCUAGAGGUAGUACUAACCCAGUUAAGAUUGAGCUUGCAAGAUAACAGAUUGUCUCCAAUCUAUUAGAUUCUUGCCAGUUUCUCAUCAGAUAGUUUGAGUCCAUUUUAGUACUCAUGUCCGAAAUAAAACCAUGUUUUGUUGUUUCACAAAUCCUAUGGUCACUUCUGUAACUUUUGCCUUGAUCUCUGGACAUGGUUAUCACUUGGUUGAUUUCUAGUUUAUUUUUGGCCUUCAUUUGUUGCUUAGUCCGUGGUUAUUUAAUUUAGAGUUCUAUCUUUUUACUCUUUGCUCUCAGAUUUUAUAAUUUAUUAUUUUUUUCUAUGACGAACAUGUCUUGUAUGAUGAAACCCGAACUGGCCAGUUGUCACAGCAUUUUCCUGUCAAGCUUGUGUAUUUCCUUGUGGAUUGCGUCUAGGCUAACACUUGAUUUUGUCGUUAAGAGCUACAAAAUUGUAUUCUGGUUGUAUUUUAUCACAGCCCUGAGUUUCUAGUCCCCUGUCAAUGUAUAGUUAGUGAAAAUCAAUUUCCUUUACUCACAAGAAGCUUCGUCCAUUGGCUUCUGUCACCUGCUCGGAGCAGUCUCUCUGCAGGGCCAGAGAGCACAUGCUCACUAUGAGCCCUGGCCUGGCCUUCAGCACCUUUGAAUCAGAGAGGCCACCACACCCACGGAGUCCUUGAAUUCUCUCUGUGGUUUAUUUUUAUCCUAAAGACAAAGCAGUUUGUCCGAACAACAAGAUCAUUCUCAUGUGGAUGAAUUCUUUGUUCCGCAGAGACAAAAGUAUUCAUUUCUGAACUGCGCAGAUACCUGAAAAACUUCAUCUCUCCCCACAAUUAACCUGUGGCUGCUUUUCCACCUGCUGUUCAUUUUCAGGUAGAGAACCUAGGGUAACUGGAAGAUGAGUGAUCAAGAAAAAUGUUGUCAGAAAAAGAGUGAAGAAUGAAUGUUUCCUGCAGGGCUAGGUUGAGACUGUGAUUAAAUAAGAUUAGUUGAAUUAUGGACACCAGGAGACUGUUCUGACCAUUCCCUCAAGCCUGCGCCUUCCUUUUUGUAGCUCCUUUUGUGGCUGUGUGUUCACUCGCUCUGCAGUGCCUUCUUGUGCGCUUAGCAAGGAAAAGAGUGUCCAGCACUGAGCUGACCCCGAGAUCAAGGGUAUGGACAUGGAUCCCGGGGGUGUGGUGCUUCCCUCGAGCUUCUGAUAUGGGGACCCCAGGACUGAGGCUGUGUUUCUGAUUCAGCUGUAGCCCAGGGGACUUCACUGUUGCUCUGCAGUUAUGAAAAGGGUGACUACAAAGAAAGGAGACUGACAAAGGUGUGUGUCUUCUGGAAGCAGAGAAGGGGCAGGAAGUUGGCCGUGAUGUAGCAUGUAUCCUAGGAGUGCGGCAGGGCACUGAGCACCUGUAUGGCUUUAAGCUUCCCACCGCGGUGAAUUGGAAGAAAGAUUUCAUAUCUGGUACCACUUUCUUGCUCUUUGACGUGGCCUCUCUCUCCUUCUUCCCUUCUCUGUCCCAGCUCUUCUCUUUUUCCUCCUUCCCAGCCUUAGAAUCUUUAUGUCUAACCUUGUGUUGCCCUUCCUCACUGCUCAUCACUCUGCCCCUUGCCUUUUUUCUGCUGCCUGGUGUUCCAUGCUGCUAACUAUGCUCCUUGAAGGUGAACAUGCCAUUGCUCCCUUGGGUGGCGUCUGGUAAGGUGGGGGCAUCUUGUGGGAUCAUGAAAAUUGAAUAACCAUUUUCAGGGACAAUGCUAUAGCUCCACAUUUCCUAGGCUGAAGGCACAGAAGAUAAUUGCACACAUGUGGAAAGAGACGUUCCUCUGAAUGUGGAGCCUUUAAAUUCAAGAUAGCCUCUUCUCAACAACCCUGUGAAGUCAUCAGACUUGCUACGUGGAAGGGGCGAGAACUCAUUUCCUAUUUCCUAAUACCUUCUCCAUUUUCUUUCCCCAUCUUCCUCCACCAGGUACGUCCUAAGUGAAAUAAUGUAUUGGGCUUUAUGCAUUGUCCUUUCGGACCUGAAAAUCCCAGUAAUACACACACGCGCGCGCGCGCACACACACACACACAUACACACACCCAUCUGGUCCACAGCCCAGGCAUCAGGUCAGGAGCAUUUGUGCUUUUUCUCUAGUUCACAAGCCACCACAACUUGCUUGUUUAUUCAGUUUAGUGCUUGCCUUCCCUUGCCCAACCUAAAGCAUAACUUUCUAACCUUGUAAGAAAACCCCAGGCUGUGGGUGAUCCUUGGCACACACCGUACAAGCCUCAGCAGCUCUGAGGGCUGGGGAGGUCCGGCCCUCUGCAGGUGGACCUGUGUCACACAGCCUGUAUUAGCAGAGAUCACCCAGGAGUAUUACUUUCCUCUGUCCCUUAAUUUGGACCAGGCAAUUUUGGAGGUCUCCUUCCUCAAUGUCUAAGAGACUCAGUGUCUCAGGUAUCAUUCAACCCCUUAAAUGAAUUUUCAGAUUAAUUUGGUCACACAGGAGGAUGCUGUGGCUAUUGGGAUGGAUUGGGGCCAAAGGUCCACCAGAGUUCAAAGCAUGAGGUUGUUCCUUGGUCGUUAGGAGGGUGAGGUGCUGAAAGGGAUGGGUGAGAGGAGACUGAACACACACUUCCGCCCCCUCCUUCCUCCUAUUUCUUACUUUCCCAGGCCUGUGCCACAUUUAUGCCCCUUAUUUCUUCAGUUUGAGUUCUUCAGAGGAAAAAAAAAAAGUUCUCACUUUCCUGUUUCUUUCAGAGGAAACUGAAGGUGAGACACAAGCAUCAGUCUGACUCUUGGUCGGGGAAGAGCCUCAAGGAAUGCUGUGGAAUGUGCUAGAAAGAGAGGUAGCUUAGCUUCUCUUUCUCUCCUCUCCCCUCAGAAGUGAGCCAGAGGGAUUCAUUCAAAGUGGGGCUAUCGGGAGUUAAAUGCCAGUGAUGCGGGAGACAGGGGUGCACUACCAAAUGUGGCGUAGAGAAGAGACACAGUCUGUGAAAGAGGAGGGAUGGGGAUCUUUCUCAGAGUUAUCAGAGUGUGGGGCAUGUCUGCAAGCAUUAUAGAUAUAAGCCUGACCGGAGGCCAGUGGCCAGACUAGGUAUUAACUGACAAAGUGCUUGGCUUCGUCGGGGUAUUCUGUGUUGAUGGCAUGAAUGAUUGGACGGCCUUGUCAUGCUUAAGAAUGCCAGCAGGUGUUUGCUCAUUGAGUUGAAAGUGUGUUCAAUGUAUUUAAAAGAGGUUUUAUAGAAAUAAAGUUUUAAAUUCCUCCUUUUGAA